UGUCGAUCACCCCGGGAAGGCGCGGAGAACGAGCAGCACUUUGAUACCAUGAAGAGUAGCGUGGCUCAAGUCAGAGGUUCUAACUAUGAUAAAGUAGAUACUCGAAGCUCUUCUGAAAGAAGUUCUUCUCCAGAAGACAGUAAUGAAGAAAGGUCCCCUUCUCCACGGGACAGAGGAUAUUCUAAUCGGAGCAGGGACUACUCUGACCGGGACCGUUAUGAAGAUCGAUCAAGGAGUGGACGAUAUGACAGAUCAGACGAGUCAAGACGUCGAGAAAGAGAGAGGUCCACAUCCCCUCGGGACAGAGGAUACACUGACCGUAGAAGAGGUUACUCUGACCGAGAUGGAUAUGGAAAUGAUCGCUCAAGGAAUGGAAGAUAUGAUAGAUCAGAGGAUAACAGAGAAAGAGAGAAAAGGCAAAAUUACCAAGACAGAGACUAUGAAAAGAGAUCUCCGCCUGCAAGAAGGAGAUCUCCCCCUGCAAGAAGAAGCGAAGAACAGACAGAAGAGCAAAACCAAACUGAGCCUCCUGUAAAGAAAAAGAAAGAAGAAUUAGAUCCGAUCCUUACUCGCACUGGUGGUGCUUACAUCCCUCCUGCCAGACUGCGCAUGAUGCAGGAACAGAUCACAGAUAAGAGCAGUAUGGCCUACCAGAGAAUGAGCUGGGAAGCUUUAAAAAAAUCAAUCAAUGGUCUUGUUAACAAAGUGAAUGUCUCCAAUAUUGGGAAUAUCAUUCAAGAGUUACUUCAAGAAAACAUUGUCCGUGGAAGAGGUCUUCUUGCUAGAUCUGUUCUUCAAGCUCAGAGUGCCUCCCCCAUCUUUACUCAUGUCUAUGCAGCAUUGGUUUCAAUCAUCAACUCAAAGUUUCCUCACAUUGGGGAACUUAUUUUAAAAAGGCUUAUCCUAAAUUUCCGCAAGGGGUACAGAAGAAAUGACAAGCAACUUUGCUUGACCUCUUCAAAGUUUGUUGCCCAUCUUAUCAACCAGAACGUGGCCCAUGAAGUAUUGGCAUUGGAAAUGUUGACUCUGCUACUGGAAAGACCUAACGAUGACAGUGUUGAAGUCGCUAUUGGCUUUUUAAAGGAAAGUGGGCUUAAGUUAACACAAGUAACACCCCGUGGUAUCAAUGCCAUAUUUGAGCGUCUUCGUAACAUCUUGCAUGAGUCAGAAAUUGAUAAGCGAGUACAGUAUAUGAUUGAAGUUAUGUUUGCUGUUCGAAAGGAUGGCUUUAAAGAUCAUCCGGUAAUCCCAGAAGGGCUGGACCUAGUGGAGGAGGAAGACCAAUUUACUCAUAUGCUUCCCUUAGAGGAUGAUUAUAACCAAGAGGAUGUGCUCAAUGUCUUCAAGAUGGAUCCAGAUUUUCUUGAAAAUGAAGAAAAAUACAAAGCUAUUAAAAAAGAAAUUCUUGAUGAAGGAGACAGUGAUUCAGAAGGUGAUGCUAAUGAAGGCAGUGAAGAUGAAAGUGAAGAGGAGGAGGAAGAUGGUCAAGAAGCUGGAACAGAAGGAGAGAAAAUGACAAUUCAUGACAAAACUGAAGUUAACUUGGUUGCAUUCCGUCGGACAAUAUAUUUGGCAAUCCAGUCAAGUUUAGACUUUGAAGAAUGCGCGCACAAAUUGAUAAAGAUGGAUUUUCCUGAGAGCCAGACAAAAGAACUGUGCAACAUGAUACUGGAUUGCUGUGCUCAGCAGAGAACAUAUGAGAAGUUCUUUGGUUUGCUUGCAGGGCGUUUCUGUUUGUUAAAGAAAGAGUAUCUGGAAGCGUUUGAGAAUAUCUUUAAAGAACAAUUUGAAACGAUUCACCGGCUGGAAACCAACAAACUGAGAAAUGUUGCCAAGAUGUUUGCCCAUCUUCUGUAUACAGACUCCCUUCCUUGGAGUGUGCUGGAGUGUAUGAAUCUAAGUGAAGAAACAACCACCUCGUCCAGCAGAAUAUUUGUCAAAAUAUUUUUUCAGGAGCUGUGUGAAUAUAUGGGACUGCCGAAGCUAAACGCCAGACUUAAGGAUGUAACUCUCCAGCCUUUCUUUCAAGGAUUGCUGCCAAUGGACAACCCAAAGAACACCCGCUUUGCUAUCAACUUUUUUACCUCCAUAGGACUUGGAGGAUUAACGGAUGAACUGCGUGAACAUCUAAAGAACGCUCCCAAAAUGAUCAUGACACAGAAACAGAAUGUGGAAUCAUCAGACUCUUCCUCAGACUCCUCAUCAGGCUCAGAGUCGUCUUCUGACUCGGACAGUAGCUCCAGUUCUUCUAGUGAAUCCUCAAGCUCCAGCAGUGACUCAGAUUCAUCAAGAAGAAAAAAACAUUCACAGAAGAAGAAGAAAAGUAGAGAGGCCCACAAAGCAGCUUCUAAAAAACAAGCUCCCGAUGACAGGCGUAAAGAAGCCCCUAAACACAAACACCAGAAGGAGAAAUAUGAUGACAAGCAGUCAAGAAAAUCUAAAAGAGAUUCAAAAAACUAAUUGUCAUAGAGACUCACAUGUGCUUUUACUGCAGAGUUCAGUAUUUUUUUAAGAAAUAAACAGUGUAACAUGGUGGAGGGCAACAUGUUUGCAUUAAGGUUACUUCCAUUAUAAGUACCCAUUUCUUUUCAUGAGAAUCAGUUUAGGGCUUUAACAGUUGGACAGACCUCAAAGCUGUAUUUUAACAACAAAUUAAAUCAUUUGAACAUUUGUAUUCUUUUCAACUGUCAAAGCUGUUGUCUUUCAUGUGUUUGUAUUAAAAUAUUUCUUUUGUAA